AUGUCGGCCUUCAGGCUGGGAGACCAUGUGUGGCUGCACCCCACCUCUGCCGACAAAACCAGCGUUGCCAUCGGGGGCAUCAUCAAAGAAAUAAAGCCUGGCCGGACCCUGGUUGAAGACGACGAGGGCCAGGAACACUGGGUCCAAGCAGAGAACCUCGGCACCCUCAGUCCCAUGCACCCCAACUCGGCGCAGGGUGUGGACGACAUGAUCCACCUGGGGGACCUGAAUGAGGCGGGCAUGGUGCACAACCUCCUGAUCCGCUACCAGCAGCACCAGAUCUACACGUACACAGGCUCCAUCCUGCUGGCCGUGAACCCCUUCCAGGACCUGCCCCUCUACACCCCGGAGCAGGUGCAGCUGUACCACAGCCGCCAGGCGGGCGAGCUGCCCCCCCACGUCUUCGCCGUGGCCAACAGCUGCUACUUCGACAUGCAGAGGAACAAGAGGGACCAGUGCUGUGUCAUCAGUGGCGAGUCCGGGGCCGGGAAGACGGAGACCACCAAGCUCGUCCUGCAGUUCCUGGCCACGGUCAGCGGCCAGCACUCCUGGAUCGAGCAGCAGGUGCUGGAGGCCAACCCCAUCCUGGAGGCCUUUGGAAACGCCAAGACAAUCCGAAACGACAACUCAAGCCGCUUCGGGAAGUACAUUGACAUCUACUUCAAUCCCAGUGGGGUCAUCGAAAGUGCACGCAUCGAGCAGUUUCUCCUGGAGAAGUCCCGGGUCUGCCGGCAGGCCCCGCAGGAGCGGAACUUCCACAUCUUCUACUGCAUGCUCCUGGGCAUGCGCCCGGAGGAGAGGGGGCUGCUGCACCUGGGCUCGCCCUCGGAGUACCGCUACCUGACCUCGGGGAACUGUACCUCCUGCGAGGGCCUGGACGAUGCCAAGGACUACGCCCACGUGCGCUCCGCAUUGAAGAUCCUCACGUUCUCCGAUGCUGAGCACUGGGACCUCAGCAAGCUGCUGGCAGCCAUUCUCCACCUGGGGAACGUGGAGUUCACAGCUGCCGUCUUUGAGAACCUGGAUUCCUCCGAUGUGAUGGAGACGCCAGCCUUCCCCGCUGUGGCGACGUUCCUGGAGGUGCCACAGCAGGCGCUCCGGGACUGUCUGCUCAAGCACGCCAUCGCCAUCCGCGGGGAACUGGUGGCCAGGCCGCUGAGCACCGCGCAGGCUGCAGACCGCAGGGACGCCCUGGGCAAGGGCAUCUACGGGCACCUCUUCCUGUGGAUAGUCAAGAAGAUCAACGCUGCGAUUUUCACUCCCCCCGCCCAGGACCCGAGACCUGUGCGCAGGGCCAUCGGCCUCCUGGACAUAUUUGGCUUUGAAAACUUCCAGAACAAUAGCUUCGAGCAGCUCUGCAUCAACUUCGCCAACGAGCACCUGCAGCAGUUCUUCGUGCAGCACGUGUUCGCCCUGGAGCAGGAGGAGUACCGCUCCGAGGGCGUCGCCUGGGACUUCGUGGGCUACACGGACAACCGGCCCACCCUGGACCUGCUGGCCCUGAAGCCCCUGAGCAUCAUCUCCCUCCUGGACGAGGAGAGCCGCCUCCCACAGGGGACGGAUGCCACCAUGCUGCAAAAGCUGAACAGCGUCCAUGCCAACAACAAGGCCUUCCUGCAGCCCAAGAACAUCCACGACGCCAGGUUUGGCAUUGCCCACUUCGCUGGAGAGGUGUACUACCAGGCCGAAGGCUUCUUGGAGAAGAAUCGAGACGUGCUGAGCGCAGACAUCCUCACCCUGGUCCACUCCUCCCGGAACAAGUUCCUGAGGGAACUCUUCAAGCUGGAGUCGGCGGACAUCAAGCUGGGCCGCGGGACUAUCCGCCUGGGGCAGGCGCGGAGCCAGGUCCUCAAGUCUGCAGACUCCAGCAGGCAGCCUGCCACCUUGGCAGGCCAGUUCAAGCAGUCGCUGGACCAGCUGAUGAAAAUCCUGACCGGCUGCCAGCCCUCCUUCAUCCGCUGCAUCAAACCCAAUGAGCACAAGAAGCCGCUGCUCUUCGACCGCGAGCUGUGCCUGCAGCAGCUGCGCUACUCGGGCGCCCUGGAGACCGUGCACGUCCGCCGGGCGGGCCUCCCGCUCCGAUACACCUUCGCGCAGUUCGCAGGGCGCUUUGGGGUCCUGCUGCCCAGCGCCACCCGCCGGCAGCUUCGGGACAAGUGUCGACAGAUGACGCUGUGCAUCGCUGACAGGUGGCUGGGGACAGACAAAGACUGGAAAGUAGGGAAGACCAAAAUUUUCCUGAAGGAGCAUCGGGACGCCCUUCUGGAGGUGCAGAGGAGCCAGGCCCUGGAGAAGGCCGCGGUCAGCAUCCAGAGCGUCCUGCGGGGCUACAAGCACAGGCAGGAGUUUCUGCGGCAGCGACAGGCCGCCGUGAGCCUGCAGGCCGCGUGGAGAGGCCGCCGCGCCCGCCAGGACUUCAAGCUGAUCCUCUUGGGGUUCGAGCGCCUGCAGGCCAUCGCCCGGAGCCACCUGCUGACCAGGCAGUACCAGGCCGCGCGGCGGAGGGUGGUCCAGCUGCAGGCGCGCUGCAGGGGCUACCUCGUGCGCCAGCAGGUCCAGGCCAGGAGGAGGGCAGUGGUGGUCAUCCAGGCGCACGCCAGGGGCAUGGCCGCCCGGCGGAACUUUCGGCAGCAGACAGCCAAUGGGCUGCGGGCCACCCCCGCCCACCGGCAGCCGGGCCCCAGGGCUCCAGCCGCCAGGAAGCUCAAGUCCAUCUAUGACACCGUCACCGACACCCAGAUGGUGGAGCAAGUGUUUGGCUUCCUCCCGUCCAUGAUCGGGGGGCAGGAGGGCCAGGCCCCGUCCCGCUUCGAGGACCCGGAACCGGAGACGCUGAAGCUGCCCGAGGUGGACCUGGACGCCGUCCCCGCGGUGGAGGGGCCCGAGCAGGACGGGGACGGCCUGGCCGCGUACAGCUUCCCCAAGUUCGCGGCCACCUACUUCCAGAAGUCGGCCAGCCACACGCACGUGCGGAAGCCCCUGCGGUACCCGCUGCUCUACCACGAGGACGACGCCGACUGCUCCGCCGCCCUGGCUGUGUGGAGCGUCAUCCUGCGGUUCAUGGGCGACCUCCCGGAGCCCGUGCUCUUCGCCAGGACGCGGCCGGCCCCCGACGCCGCGGGCAGGGAGGGCAGCGCCCAGCCUCCACAGCGCGGGUCUGCACAGAGGCCCAGCCUCAGGGACAGAAGGACCAAGGACAUCUCCUCCAUGAAGCUGAAGCGCUCCUCCCAGGUCACGGGCCAGGUGGCGAGCCAACUGAAUAUUGGAGAGGAGGCCUUUGAGUCUGAGGGCUCCCUCUCCGACCGACCCAUGUCCAACCUGGAGAAGGUGCACUUCAUUGUGAGCCACGCCCUCCUGCAGCCCAGCCUCAGGGACGAGAUUUACUGCCAGAUCUGCAAGCAGCUGUCCGAGAACGUGAAAACCAGCAGCCUGGCCCGGGGCUGGGUCCUGCUCAGCCUCUGUCUGGGCUGCUUCCCACCCUCUGAGAGGUUCAUGAAGUAUCUGCUGAACUUCAUUGGUGAAGGGCCAGCCGGCUACGGGCCCUUCUGUGCUGAGCGCCUGAGACGCACCUACACCAACGGGGUUCGCACGGAGCCCCCCACUUGGCUGGAGCUGCAGGCUGUCAAGUCCAGGAAGCACAUCCCGGUGCACGUGGUGCUGGCGACGGGGGAGAGCCUGACCGUCACCGUGGACUCAGCCUCGACCUCGCGGGAAGUCUGCCUGCACAUCGCCCGCCAGCAGGGCCUCCGCGACCACCUGGGCUUUUCCCUACAGGUCGCCGUGUACGACAAGUUCUGGUCCCUGGGCAGCGGGCGCGACCACGUGAUGGAUGCCGUGGGCCAGUGCGAGCAGCUGGCGCGGGAGAGGGGCGAGAGCGAGCGCCAGUCGCCCUGGCGCCUCUACUUCCGGAAGGAGUUCUUCAGCCCCUGGCACGACCCCCGUGAGGACGCCGUCAGUACGGAGCUCAUCUACCGCCAAGUCCUCCACGGGGUCUGGUCCGGCGAGUACAGCUUCGAGAGGGAGGAAGAGCUGGUGGAGCUGCUGGCCCGGCACUGCUGCGUGCAGCUCGGCGCCUCCGCGGGGCGGGAGGCCGUGCAGGGGCUGCUGCCCAGCUGCGUGCCCCCAAAGCUGUACCGGACCAAGCCGCCGGAGCAGUGGGCUGGCCUCGUCACUGCCGCCCUCGCCCAGGUGCCGCACAGCCAGAGGCAGGCCGCGCAGGAGCAGGUGGUGGGCACCGCCCGCCUGCAGUGGCCGCUGCUCUUCUCCAGGCUCUUCGAAGUCACCGCCUUCUCAGGCCCCCGGCUGCCCAAGACUCAGCUGAUCUUGGCUGUGAACUGGAAGGGGCUGUUCCUCCUGGACCAGCGGGAGCGGGCGCUGCUGGAGCUCCCUUUCCCCGAGAUCAUGAGUCUGGUCGCCAACAGGGAGGCCCGGGGCGGCCAGAGGCUGCUGCUCUCCACGCUGCACGAGGAGGAGUACGAGUUCGUGUCGCCCAGCAGCGUGGCCAUCGCCGAGCUGGUGGCCGUGUUUCUGGAGGGCCUGAGGGAGCGGUCCGUGUUCGCCAUGGCCCUGCAGGACCAGAAGGCCACAGGCGACGCCGCCCUCCUGCCCUUCUCGAAGGGGGAUUUGCUGAUCCUGACAAAGAGCCAGGGGCCGCUGUCGGCUGAGGACUGGGUCCCGGGCCAGAACGACAGGACGGGCAGGACGGGGCUGGUGCUCGCCGCCCACCUCUACACCAUCCCUACGCUCACCAAGCCGUCGGCACAGCUGCUGAGCUUGCUGGCCAUGUCACCAGAGAGGCGGAAGCUGGCAGCCCAGGCGAGGCCGCCUGCAGAAGCUCUGCCUGAGGAGCAGGCGCCGGAGAAGCUGCACACCCUGGAGGAGUUCUCCUACUCGUUUUUCAGGGCCCCGGAGAAGGAGCCGGUGGGCAGAGCCGUGGCGCACCUGGCCCGGGCCCGGGGCCACCUGUGGGCUCACAGCCCGGAGCCCCUGCGGCAGCCUCUGCUCCGGCGCGUCCACGCCACCGCGGAGCUGCGGGAUGCCGCGUGUCAGAUCUUCAUCGGCAUCCUCAGGUACAUGGGCGACUACCCGUCCAGGCAGGCCUGGGCCUCCCGGGAGCUCACCGACCAGAUCUUCGCGGGGGCCCUCCAGGAGGCCGCGCUGCAGGACGAGGUCUACUGUCAGAUCCUGAAGCAGCUGACGCACAACACCAAGAGGUACAGCGAGGAGCGGGGCUGGCAGCUGCUGUGGCUCUGCACCGGCCUCUUCCCGCCCGGCAAGGCGCUGCUGCCCCACGUGCACAAGUUCCUGGACACCAGGAGGGAGAGGCCCCUGGCCCCGGACUGCAGCCGCCGCGUCCAGCGGGCCCUGAGGACAGGCCCCCGGAAGCAGCCCCCCCACCAGGUGGAAGUGGAGGCGGCCGAGCAGAACGUCUCCCGCAUCUGCCACAAGGUCUUCCUCCCCAACCACACCAGCCAGAUGCUGGAGGUGGGAGCCCACACCCGGGUGCGGGAUGUGUGUGCGGGCGUGGCCACCAGGCUGCAGCUGGCCUCCUGGGAAGGCUGCAGUCUCUUCAUCAAGAUUGCAGACAAGGUCAUCAGCCAGAAGGAGGGAGACUUCUUCUUCGACUCCCUGCGGCAGGUGUCUGACUGGGUGAAGAAAAGCAAGCCCCAGAAGGAAGGGGCCCCGCCGACGCUCCCCUACCAGGUGUACUUCAUGCGCAAACUGUGGCUCGGCGUGAACCCCGGGAAGGACGUGAACGCUGACACCGUGCUGCACUACCACCAGGAGCUGCCCAAGUACCUGCGUGGGUUCCACAAGUGUUCGCGGGAGGACGCGGUCCAGCUGGCAGGCCUCAUCUGCAAGGCCCAGUUCGGCAGUGACCAGUCCCAGCUGGCGAGCAUCCCCAAGGUCCUGGGGGAGCUGGUGCCCGAGAACCUCACGCGCCUGAUGUCCCCGGAGGAAUGGAGAAAGAGCAUCCUUCUGGCCUACGACAAGCACGGGGACAAGACGGCGGAGGAGGCCAAGGUGGCCUUCCUGAGGUGGAUCUGCCGGUGGCCCACCUUCGGGUCUGCCUUCUUCGAGGUGAAGCAAACCUCGGAGCCCUCCUACCCGGACAUCGUCCUCAUCGCCAUCAACCGGCACGGGGUUCUGCUCAUCCACCCCAAGACCAAGGCGCUGCUCGCCACCUACCCGUUCACCAAGAUCGCCAGCUGGAGCAGCGGCAGCACCUACUUCCACAUGGUGCUGGGGAGCCUGGGCCGGGGCGGCCGCCUGCUGUGUGAGACCUCUCUGGGCUACAAGAUGGACGACCUGCUGACCUCCUACGUGCAGCAGCUCCUGAGCGCCGUGGCCAAGCAGCGAGGCCCAGCCUCGGCCCCAGCCAGGCCCUAGCCCGGGGCCCUGCCCACGCCACCACCCGCCCAGCCUGGUCCCGCCAUGCCGCCCUCUUCCCAGAGCACACGCACUCCACAGCCCCGGCGGGCACUCCAGGCCGGACCCUCCCCGGGGCUGACCAGGGGCCGAAGGAGAGAGCCCGGGACGGGCAGGGGUGUCAGGCCUCAAGGCUGGCGGAUGGGUGGAAGGCUGCCAGCCCCGGGAAUGUUCAAUAAA